CUCAGUGGGGCCAGGGAGGGUUGGGAGGACUCGGCCCUGGGGUCGGGGGCUCUCUGCUCCAGCAGUGAAAGGCUGGAUGCGCCCCCGGCCAGGAGGGGGAGCGGGACCCGGUCGGACAGGGCAUUGGGAGGAGAACAACCCCUUGGAGCCACGGCUUAAAGCCCUGAGUGGCUGUUUCUCAGAGAUCUGCCCUGGUGAUGGUUGGGAGGCCUGGCUGUGGCUUGUGGGGUGCACACAGAUCCCUACUAGGCCGGAGAAUUCCCGCCCCACUCCCUGCAACAUGGGCCCCCUCGGCCGGCCCUGGGGACUGGAGAGCACCCCCCGAAUGCCCCACCUCAGUCUCCCAGCCAAGCGUGAAGGCAGCCAGCAGCUGUUCAGCAUGCUCAGGAGGCGAGCUGGUGCCUGAGGCCGGAAGGCUGCAGGGGUGGGCAGGACCCUUGAGGGCGUGCACGGGCACGCAGUGGGGUGCAUCUCCUGCUGAUGGGCACCGCGGAGAAAAGCCAGGACGCAGAGCCGGCUGCAGCACACAGGGCUCUCCUCCGCACCCUGGCAUCAGGACACGUGAACCCCGACGACCAUGGAGAUGGGGCCAGCGUGGGUCUGUGUCCUACUCCCACUCUGCCUCUUGCCGGGACACCUCUGCAGUGAGUCCACCACAAACAUGACAACACCAUGCAGUGGGACCACCUGGAACGUGAGUGAGGUCCCCCCGGCCCCCAGAACCCCGCAGCCCAGGCCCCCGGUGGUCAAUGUGCAGACCAGCCUGACUGCCCAGCUCCUGGCAGAGAACAGCCUUGUGAAGGUGGAGGCCGGCCUCACCUCUGUGACUGUCCCUGAGGGGGGCCGGGUGACCCUGAAGUGCCGGUUCGAAGCCCCGUCCGGGGCCCGGGUCACCUGGAGCCGAUCCUGCUCUCGGAACUGCAGCGAGCCCAUCCUGGUGGCCAAUGGCACCAGCCCCCAACGCAGCGUGGCCAUCACGGCGGACGCCGGCAUCUCCAUCCUCACCUUCCACCCCGCCAGGAAGAGCGACAUUGGCCUGUAUUUCUGCCAGGUGUACACAGACGAGGCCUGGGGCCAGUCAUGCGGCACCUACCUGCGGGUCCGCAAACCCGUCCCGGUUCCCUUCCUGAACAUGCGGGAAUCCACCAAGAACCAGCUGAUCACCGCUGAGGGCAUCCUGCUCCUCUUCUGCGCCGUGGGGCCUGGCAUCUUCCUCCUCUUCAGGAGGUGGGAGAAUGAGCGGCUGCUGCAGGCCAAGAAGAACGAGUACGAAGAGGAGAAUCUCUAUGAGGGCCUGAACCUGGAUGAGUGCUCCAUGUACGAGGACAUCUCGCGGGGCCUGCAGGCCACCUACCAGGACGUGGCCAACCUCCGUGUGCUCGACAUGCAGCUGGAGAAGCCGUGAGGGGGGCACCGGCCGUGGCCCAGGGACCUCCUGGUGCCAGCUGGGUCCCUGGGUCUGGUCUCUCCACGGUGGUUUGCCCCAGGGUGCUACGGGAGGCCUCUGCCGCAAGCCUGCGUCACCCUGUUGGGAAGUGCGUGUCUGGGGAGGGGAGGGGAGGGGAGUUGUGUGUAUAUGGCCGUUACGCUCUCAGGGCCUGGGAGCUGGGCUGCUCUCCACAAGAGGAGACCCAUGUUCCUCUCAGGCAGGAGACAUUUAUUUACCUGUCAGGCUCAAUGUCACGUCAAUGGCUGUGCUCCGCACUGAGCGAAGUGGCUGGGGAGAUCUCGGCAGAGCCAGCGGCAGUGGGAGGAGUGGAGCCAUGGCUGAGGGGGCCGAGAUCCACCCGGGUACCCUUCACCAGGGCGCUUGUCUAACGAUGGGGCGGGGGGGAGGGCGCAGCUGGCUGAGUCGUUAAUUUGGGGGAGCUAAACUUCAUUAGCGCAGCCGCAGUCAGUUAACGCGGGGCUGUAGACAGCGUGUUCUGAUUUAAUUUCACAUCUAGCCGUUUCUAGCUCUCUGCUGUCACUCCAGUCUCUGGUCUCUGCUCAGUAAACGUGCCCGUGUUCUCUG